GAAACCCAGUGGAGUCCCAAAGAUUAUAUAAUAUGUGAGAGAGAGAGAGAGAGACAGAAAGUGAAUAUAAAUAGCAGCAUAAAAAGAAACAAUGAUGUGCUGCAACAAUCUCUUUACAAAUAUAAAAAGAAAAUGAGAAUUUUUUUUUAUCUUCUCUCCUCCCUCUUUCAAUUUUCUUUUCCUUUCUUUCUCUUUUAGUUUCUUUCUAUUUGGUCCCAAACCCGUGAUCUGAUUCCUUUUCAUUUUUUUUUUUUUUAACAUAUCAUCUCUUUCGUCUAACUGCAUUGAGUUUUUAGUAGUUGAGAUUCUUGGGAAUUGUUUUUUUUUUCUUUUAACAUCUUUAUUGUGAUCUGGUUAAUACAGUUGGUUCACUUGUUUCUGGGAAGAACCAAAGUGGAAAGUAGAGGGUUUUCUUUAUCUCAUGGCGGAAUGUUUUUAAAUUUAUUUUUGUGGAUUAUUUGUCUCCUGGUGAGUUCUUUCUCCCUCUAUAUUUCUGGGAUUUCGUGGUCAUAUUUUAAGCUUUUUUCUCUUUAUUGUUUAUGUGUUCAUGUCUUGUUAGUUUUUCUGUUUCUUUCUUUAAUGCUUCAUGUCUUUGCUUUUUAUGAGGUUGGCUUUUUGUUUUACUAAGCGUUGAUAUAAUCACCAAUUAUUAGGAUUUAACAUCAAGUUCUGUUCCUCUCGGUAGAUUCCGUUUCGAGGUAAUCAUAAUCAAGUUUCUUGUUCUUUUUCUAAAAGGCGUAUAAAUAUAAGCAGAAUGUGGCUUCAAUGGCUUGUUUUAUAGGUUAAAAUUUUACCCAGAUUCAUCUGCAUGUUUCAACAAUGGACUAGUCACUACAUUAGUUAUGUCUGAAUGGAAGCAAAAAAAAAAAAAAAGACCUUUUUAUGGUAAAUAUCUACAGACCCGCAUCUAUUUUGAAUCACAUACUUGUCCAUGCUUGUUUCAUGAGAUUGUUGUAUGUGAUCGUGAGAAAUGACUUCAAUGUUCUCCUGGCGCUGUGUGUUUCAGCCACCUAAUUUUCUCCUCAGCUGGUAAUUGUUGGAUCAUAGGGAAAAGUUUCUUAUGGAUGAAGCUUAGUUGAGCCUUUAAGUUAUCUUUUAGAAAUACGCUAUUUCAACGUUUAUAUAUGAAUUAAAUCUGUAAUUCUGAAGGAUGCCAUUGUGUCAUAAUAUCCUACAAAUAGCACUGUUUCAGUGGGAAACAGCUAAGAAAAUGCAUUGAUAUAUGAUGCUGAUGUUAGUCAGUAAUUCUUCCAUUUAUAACAUAGAUAUUUUCGCCAUUUCUUCAGAGUCCUUGCUAUUGGCUACUUUGGUUUUCUUCUUUAGUAAUAAUUCUAAAUUUGCCAAUUACACCUCAUAUUGACCAAACAAAUUUGUGUAGUUGGAAAUAUUAAUAAGGUUAAACUGUUCUAUAGCAAAGUAUAGCAGUAGUUAGAAUUAUGGCUAAAAUCUUGCAAUGACUAUAAUCAGUUGGCGUUUCGGUUUAAAUAUGUUGUUUGAAUGGACAAGGCAAGGUUAAAUUCUAUGUUUUUAUAAUGAAAUUGAUGGAAUGUUUUCAAAUUUCAUCUGAUAAUUCUUAAACAUGAUUUUUUCUAGACAUGUGUUUCUCACACGGAAAGACCGUUGUCUUUCCAAGAUUGGCUGCCUUAUUGGCUAUUAUCAUUUUCCCUGAAUGGCAACCUUAUUGAUUACUAGUGGUAGUCAUUAUGGCAACCUUAUUGAUUACUAGUGGUAGUCAUUAUCUUAUCACCGUGGUUUCUAUGUGACAACUGUGUGCAGAAAUGGAGAGCAAAGGAACAUGUGAAACAUCUUUUCAAGACUCAUUUAUUCGAGGAUGCAAGAUCUGAUAUCAAUUGAGGUAUUUGUUUCAUUCUUCUGAGGAAAAGAUGUUGAUGCUGGGAGAUUUUGAUUUGAAUUCAGUGCAACGAUACACUGAUUCACUUAAAGAUAUUUUCAAACUGACAAUGCUCGAUCAGGAGAUCAUAUUCAGAAAUCAGGUCCACGAGCUCCAUCGUUUAUAUAGUGUUCAGAAGACUCUAAUGAAGGAUCUUCACCUGCAGGAGCAUGAAACAUACAAUUUAUGGAAAGAAAAUGACCAAUCGUGGUCCCAAGAAACCAGACUCCCUGCAGAUUCAAUUCCCAUGUUGGGCUCAAGAUUAUCAUCAAGUCAGAAGUUGUUAGGUGAGUGGAAGGGCAACAAUUACCAUAAGUUUCAGCGAGGACCUUUCGAUCUUCAACUUUUAUCUGAUCAAUAUACAAAUCUCGGUGAUGAUAAUCUUCUAAAUAAAAGAAAGGUUGGGGAUCACUUAAAAGAAGCCAUCUAUGUAAAUUCUCAACAAUAUGCUGAUUUCUCAGAUCCACUAGACUUAAGGCUUUCCCUAAGCCUUGGAGUGGCUGCGGGGAAAAAGGAAGAUACACGGAGAAGUUGUUAUGGCAAGAAUAGUAAUACUUGCCCCAGAAUUGUCAUUGAUUUGGAAGAAUCUACUGAGAGGACCUCAGAUGAGGAGGCAAAACAUCCGCCUUCUGAUUUUGUUGCUAAAGUUGCAGAUUCUGGAGGAAAGCAUGAUUCAGAAGUUACUGUUAUCUCUAAUCCAGUCACUUCAGGAAGCAUGAAGAAAGAGCUAUGUCGUGGGAUUGCUGAGAGUAGCUCCUUUGUCAUGGAUAGCAGAUGCUGCAUAGACUGGAGCUGUUCUGAUCAAGGAUCAAAACGACUAGAUAAUAUGGCACAUGAAAACUUUUUGACUAGAAAGCAGCAGUUCAAAUCCUAUGGAGUGGGACAUUUGGAUCUUAAUGAAGUUCAGCUUGGUGAUUCCUCAUGUCACUUAAAUGAUGCCAUAGCUGCCCAUCCAUCAACAACUAGCUUAUCCGGUGGUUUUAGUGAACUUGUUAGCAGGAGUCAGGAAACCUUGUGUCCUACUGCAUUUGGGAUAAAGGAAAUAAAGGAGUUCUCCAAUAACAAUUUUGAGAUGCUUCAACAAGAAGAUGGUGUAAAACUUCCUUUGAUAAAUUCCAAUAGCAAAGAUAGGAUAAAGGAUGUUCAAGUCAGAAAUUCCGAACUCAAUGGAAAGAAUGAAUGUGAAACAAGCUUUGUUGGUCUUGCAUGCAUAUCCAGUACCCAAACAAACCUUUCCCAAGAACAUGGCAGUCACCAUUCAAACACCCAAAAUGGAAGAGAUGUCCUGAUGCCGGAACUACAAACUGAUCCUGCUCAUGGUCUGAACACUGCACGUGCAGUUGCUAUGCAGGUGAAUUGCGAGAAGACUGAAAAAGGGGGCACACGGUUAUGUUCUGAUAAAACCCAAAUUAUAAUUGAAGAUGAACAUCCUCAUCAGUCUCCUAUUUCAGGGAAGUCUAGCUGCAUUUCAGAUAAUGAUUCAAGCCCUGUAAGGACUAUGCAAUCCAGAAUUGAACCCUAUGAUUCAAACCUUCCUGCUUCUGAUCAGUUUUCUGGAACCCAUGGAAGAUCUCAGGUUGUAGAAACUUUUUCAAGUGAGCUGGAUCAAAGAUCUUCUGAUAGUAAUGAAAUGAAACAUGAAUGUAACAAUAACAGGGAAGAAUCAGCAGAAGUGGAUGAUUUGCUCCAAACAGCUGCUGAAUCACUUAUCCAUUUAUCCCUGGAGAACCCAGCUUUCCAUCAUGAAUCUUCAACCAAGACGGAAUCUAAUGAGUUAGAGAAUGAGGACAAGGGGCAUCGACGGUGUACCUCUGAUUAUUUCGAGUUAAUGACUCUGCAACUGAGUGAAAGCACUGUUGAUGUCUAUUCUGUAGCAUCAAAGCCAUUUGAAGUAAGUGAGCUGGAGGGAAAGGAUUUUAGUAUCAAACUGAGAAGAGGAAGAAGACUGAAAGAUUUUCAGAGGGACAUACUUCCAGGUCUUGCAUGUCUUUCUAGACAUGAAAUUCGUGAAGACAUAAACAUUCUGGAGGGAGUUUUAAGAUCAAGGGAGUACAAGAGAAUGAGAGCUAAGAUGGGUAAUGGAGAGAGUUGGUGCACACCAAUGAGAGGCAAACGGUCAAGACUCACUUAUGUUGGAAGAAAAAGUUUUAGAUAAUACUAUUCAAGUUAGUAUAACCCCAUAUCUUUUAACUGCAAAUUAUCUUUUAAGCUCAUUCAUUGAUCUAGAGUUAAAUGACUAUGUUAUGAUAUUAUGAUAUGACAUUCCUAUUUUUGACCCUUUUUCUUUUAGAGCUAUUUAGCUAUGUUCUGAAAUGCGAUUCAAGGAUGAAAUAACAAGAGCAAUGUGUUGACUACGGAAAUAUUGUUUUGAGAAGGCACCAGCGUUUUCCAUUUCAGCAGAGAGGGGCUCUUUGUUUCAGUAAGCCAGGGAGGAAAAGAUCUCAGAAAUUAAAUCUGCUUGUUAUCUGAACUCCAUAGAUUAGCAUAAGAAUUGAUCUUAUCAAAUGACUCAAUGAAAUAAUGGAAGGAAUGGAAGUAAAGCGACUAAAGAGCACAUCCUUUAGGAACAAGCAUGCUUCAAUCGUGGCCCCGCAAAGGAAAAAUACCAAUGGUCCAAAGAGAGAGUGCUUAAACAUGUUUUUAGCGGAACAGAUUCAUGGAAUAAUGUGCCAGAAUUAUUCACCUAAAUCUUUUGAAUCUUUUAUGCCACCUUCUGUAAUUUUACAUACCCUACCAGUACCACCCUUAGAUAGAAUGGCAUUCAUUUAAAUAAUGCAUUGAAUUGGGGUCACUUUUUUUAUGAGAAAAA